AUGUGGCUUCUUAGCACGACAAGAGCGGAGUUGAAGUUCUUUGCUGGGCCAGAAAACGUGCCUGGAGGAUACGCCAUCCUGUCCCACGUAUGGCUGAAGGAUUCUCAAGAGGACACCUUUCAGAAGGUGCAGACAUACGCGGGAGAAUCCCGGUUUGAAGUUACGUCGGAGGCCCCAACCCAUGCCGCACUGCUCUCGCGAUCUCCUCGCGAUCUCGUAUCGCCCAAGGUCCGCGGUUUCCUCGCUCUCGCAGAGAGUGACGGCUACAAGUGGGCGUGGGCGGAUACGUGUUGUAUCGACAAGACGAGCAGUGCAGAGCUCACCGAGGCCAUCAACUCUAUGUUCCGUUACUAUUCCCUGGCUCGUAUCUGCUACGUCUACCUCAACGACGUCUCCGCCGUGGAUCAGCAGACCUCAGACGACACCACGGGUUUCGCGCAGUCCAAGUGGCACCGACGCGGGUGGACGCUGCAAGAGCUGCUCGCGUCGCGUAUCGUGGUCUUUCUCUCCAAGGAAUGGACACCGCUCGGAACAAAGUUCGAAUUCGCCGACCUCCUACAAGACAUCACCGCCGUCCCCUCCGAGGUCCUUCGGCUAGAGACAAAUUUGGCAGUCAUGAGUGUGGCAGCGCGGAUGUCAUGGGCGUCGAAGCGGGAGACCACGAGGAUCGAAGACGCUGCGUACUGUUUGUUUGGUCUGUUCGGCGUCAAUCUCCCUCCACUAUACGGAGAAGGCCAGAAUGCGUUCUACAGACUACAAGAAGAGAUUCUGCGAACGUCCGGCGAUGUGUCGCUUUUCGCUUGG